CAAUAUUGUCUAUGGCAAGAGCCAAAGAAAGGUGAAGCUAAACAAAAGGGUAGCAUGUAGAUAGCAUUUAUUUAAAUAACAGUGAAAUAUAUGAUUUUAAUGGAAUAUUACAAUUAAUUAUGUGUUACGACAAAGUGAAAUCAAUUGUCGAGACAAAAGUGCAUCGUAUUAGUCAAUAAAAUGAAGCACAAUGCAUCGUGUAAUGGUGGCCAUUAGACAGUAAUAAUUAUGUAUAUUGGCAUACUUACAGUUUUACGAACCAUCAAUGAUACGUCUUGAAUCGGACUGCAGUGUGUAAAAUCAUAUGUGAACAUUAUGUAUACGAGACUGUUUAUGUUAUGUGAGUGAUGAAUAAUAUCCCAGUGUAAAUAGUGAACACCAUUACCAUGGCCCAGAACCAAGGGGAGGUUCAAGUGACACCGAACCAACCUGUGAAAGACAAAGAUAUUUAUGCUUGCUUGCCAGACAUACGAACACAUGGUUCGCUCGUGCUAGAUGAACCUUACCCUGGCGGUGAGGAAUUGCGAUGGUUGCCUGCUCAGGCCACAGACAGAGAUUUGGUAAUGUACUUGAGAGCCGCUCGCUCUAUGGCGGCGUUCGCUGGUAUGUGUGACGGAGGAUCCCCAGACGAUGGCUGUGUAGCGGCCAGUCGUGACGAUACUACUAUCAAUGCUUUAGAUGUGCUACACGAUUCUGGUUACGACCCUGGAAGGGCUCUUCAGGCUCUAGUGAAAUGUCCUGUCCCUAAAGGAAUUGAGAAAAAGUGGUCUGAAGAGGAAACAAAAAGGUUUGUGAAGGGCAUCAGGCAAUUUGGUAAGAAUUUCUUUAAAAUUAAAAAGGACUUAUUGCCUCAUAAAGAUACUUCUGAGUUAGUUGAGUUUUAUUAUUUGUGGAAAAAGACUCCAGGUGCUAGUAGCAAUAGACCUCACAGGCGUCGCCGGCAAACCUCUUUGAGAAGAGUAAGGAACACACGCAACUCUCGUGCAGGCACUCCCAAAGAGCAGACACCAGAAAUUACGCCAACUGUGCCAGAUACUAAUGGUUCUAGACCAUCACCAAACCCAAAAGAGGCAGGUGAAAUGAGUUCUGUCACUGAAGAUGAAAAUUCAGAAGACGACAGUGAUUCUAGGGAUGCAGGGGAUUUGGCUAAAGCAGAUAAUGGCAGAGUUGAGAAUCCUGAAGAUUCACCGAGCAGAAUGAGAACAAGGAAUAAAUCUAAAGAACAGACCACUCCUAAUGGAAAGAAGGGUCAAGAUGAAAGUGAUAAUGAUACUAAAUCUAAGAAACCUAUUAAACCAACCACACAAAGUACAAAUAAUAAUAUACCUACAGAGAAAGUUUUGUCAUCACCUGUCAGUAAAGAAACUAAAAAGAAAGUUACUAAUGGAAAAGUUGAUGUUUCAAAAGUCAAAAAGCGUCUUCCAGAUGAUACUAAACUUGAAGGUAUCAUGGAUGGUGAUGUCCAAAUGAAGAAAAAGAAAGCAGAAGAAAAUGAACCACCAGAAAGUCCAUCAGAAAGCUUAACCAAUGACAGCUUUCCAGCAAUGGAUGACACUGAAAGUCAUGAACCAGAACCUGAGGCAUGUGACUUCAGUUUUAAUAAAACAGAUAAAGAACAUCGGGAUCAAAAUAAAGAACCUGAACAACCACUAAAACCAUUGGAAACUCAUAUCAAGGCAGAAAUUAACGAGACUACUAUUAAAACAGAAAAAGAUACAAUGCCUCCAUUAUUUAAAGUGGUGGCUGAAAUAGAUGAAAGAAAUGCUCUAGACUUAAAAACUGAUUCAAAUCAGUCUGCUUCUAAAAAUAUGGAAACCAUGGAUACUAGACCUCUGUCAUUAUAUUCUAAAACUGAACUUAUUAUACCAAAAGUUACACCCAUGUCAACAGACAUUAUAGAAAAAAUUAAAAUAAAAGAAGAAAUUGAUACAGAGGAUCAUACAAUAAACUUACAAAAAGAAGACUAUCCAAAAGAUCCACUUGCACACAAUUUUUCUGGACAUGUAUUAAGUCAAUCCAGCAAACCUUUAAAUUUAGAAAAUACAAAUUUUUUUGUCAAGGAUAGCCAUAUUUAUAAUCCCAAACUUAAUCAUAACAUAAAAAUUGAAGGUGUAUCUAAUAAUAUUUUCAAUCCAGCCACUAUGCCAAAAGACAAUUCAAUUAUAAGAAAUACUAAAGAUUUUACAGGUGGGAUGCCAUUUUCAUAUCCUUCAAAUAUGAAUUUUGCCAAUGAUCCUAAUAAACAUAAUCCUCAUUUAAAUCCUUUAAAAACUGUUAUAAAACUAGAACCUCGAGAUGAAUCAAGUGAGAUGAAAAAUCAAAACACACCAGAAAUAUUCACAGCUACGAUAUCAGCCAACAAUAAAGUAGAUUCGCCUAGUACUCCACGAUUGGACUCUAUGCAGAGAAUUAGCCCGUCUCCAACGAAUCCUCGAUCAUCGUCACCACCACACAUGGAACACCCUGUUGCUACAAAUACAGAACCUAUUUCUCCAGCAAAUGUUCAAGAAAUGAAGUCUCAAGAAUCUGACAUUGAGGACAAGCAACCUACUGAUUUAAAAACCCAACACACACCUAAAGUUGACAGUCAAAUCACACAUUUACGACCACCAAUGUUUCAACCUCCUAUUAGACCAGAAAAUCUUGGAGUUAGGACUAAUGAGGCACCAAACAUUCCUGUAUCCGGUCAAAAUAUGCCUCCUCCACCACUUAGUCAGUCAGCAUCAAUUACAGGCCUUUUACCCCCAGGUCCACUUAUAUCAGUAGGAAGUGGAGCCAAUGUUGGACCUUAUGGAUUUAUGCCGGCAUCAUUGUAUGGACACCCUGGUCAUCCAGGUUUAGAUAAGCAUGGUUCUAUGCCACCCUUGAUACAUCAAGUACCUCCAUCACACAGUCUUACUGGAACAAGCUUGAUUUCUCAGCAAACUAAUCAAAAUGAUUCAUCUAUGCCACAAGAUCUCAAAAUAAAACAAGAAGUACCAGAUAACAUGCCUGCAAACUUAUCAACUCAAAGUGUAUCUGAUCCCUUGCAAUCACUUAAGGAAGUGAAAGUGCCAGGAUAUCCAAUUGGAAGUGCUAUAGCCCAACAUUUGAGCUCAGAGAGAGAUAGAGAGUCAAUAUCAAGUGUAGAAAAUAAUAGCAGACCACCAAGUCAACCUCAAAAUGAAAAUCCUAAUAUGCCCAGUGCAUUCUUAGGACCACGAAUAGAAAGUAUUAAGAAAGAACCAGAUUUCUUGCACCAACCACAUAUAACACCAGUUUCACAAAGUCAAGGUAGUGAUUCUGCUAGCACUGCUCCACCUGUGAAAAGUCCACAUACACCUACACCAAUAAAAAGCCAGUCAAGUCACAAUGGAACCCCAGGACAUCCUCGUCCAUCCUCUACCACAUCCCCAUUUUCGAGACAUUUGACAAGUCCAUCUCAGCCCAGACAAAUAUCUGCCUCACCGAUUCAACAUACUCCGGUAUCUCAUUCAGCUCUCAAUUUAAUGAAUCCAACACCACUCUCAAUACCAGCUACAAUGGCCGGUCCAAUGAUUCAUUCUGGACAACAGCCUGGUCCACAUCCUCAUCCAUUUGCUUCCCCGCUACAUCAUCCUCACCACCCUUUACUCCAUCCGUCAUCAAUAUUCCAGCUAUCAGCUGCAGCAGCUGCACAUGCCAUGCACCCUUAUUAUCCUCACCCACAUCCAGGGUAUUCUAUGCCAUAUCCAUAUCCAUAUGGACCUUUACCGCAGCCUCACCCCAUACCACCCAUGCAUCCAGCGGCAAGUACGCCAGGAAGACAUGACCCAGUGAAACCAUCUACGAUUGAAUCAACAACAAUGCUUAGUGCUCAUCAUAGUACCAGUUCAUCUGUAACAACAAGAUCUCUAAGAGAAAUUUCUGAAAGCUCAGAGGAUCCGAGAAAUCCAAACGCAACAACAGAACGGCACCAGCUGCACGAAACUACAAUGACCCACCAUCACUCAACCAGCCAUCACAGCGCAGUACAUACCAGUACGGAAAAACAACCAAGUCAUGUCGGCGGAGGGACUAAUCACACCCUGUCUAUAUCGCAUUCCACUUCAAGCAGUUCAUCACAGUCUAUUCAACAUAAAAUCCAGCAACAGAAAAGUAGUUCACAUUCAAAUUCACCUCUCCACUUGUCUGCAAGUUUAUCUCAGACUACUAGUACUUCUUCGAGUGUCAAUGUAACUAAUAAUCACACUCAUCAUCACUCGCAUCACCUCGCUCACCACCCAGAGAGAUUGUCGCCGGCAGAUUCUAUGGUACUUCGUCAUCACCCAAAAAUGCUUCCGGGAAAUCCAAACCACCUCAUGAUUCAGCCACCUUCCAUGGGACACCCGGGCUUGAGCCUAGGACUACCUCCUGGCCCAGGCCCGAGCUCCAUUGAAAGCUUACGACUGCACGCUCAAGCUGCAGCUGGAUUGCAAGCAUCGCAUCAGCGAUCUGGCUCUCCCCAUCAGUUACCACAUGGACACCCACAUCUACGGGGUCCUCCUCGACCCAUACCUGAUGAAAACCCUGAAUUGAAACUGGAAACUCAGUCACAACCAGAAGAAGAGGAGAUACCCAGCCCUGCUCACAUACCGCAUGGCCCCAGUCCGGAACCCAAAAUCGAAGAUACAGAGUGUCAUAGAUCACAAUCCGCAAUAUUUUUAAGACACUGGAAUCGUGGAGAUUAUAAUUCAUGCACGCGUACCGAUUUGAUAUUUAAACCAGUGCCAGAAUCUAAGCUAGCCCGUAAACGAGAGGAAAGACUUAGAAAGCAAGCUGAGAGAGAUAGAGAGGAAAGAGAGAAAAUAGCCCAACAGGCACACAGAAAGAUAGCGACGCCAGAGAAACCUGAAACCAAACCACCUUCUAGAGGUGCUAUUGAGACGAUAAGUUCUCCUUACGAUAGAUUUCCUAGACCUCCUGGAUACCCUGACACGCCGGCGUUACGGCAAUUAUCUGAAUACGCUCGACCUCACGCGGGCUUCAGUCCCGGAAACAUACCGCGCCAUUGCAUGGAUCCGAUGCUGCAGUACCAGUUGAGUUCCAUGUACGGUGCCGCCGGUGCGCGGGAGCGGCUCGAACUCGAACAUCUCGAGAGAGAAAAGAGAGACAGAGAAAUCAGGGAGCUGCGAGAACGUGAGCUGAACGAUCGAUUGAAGGAGGAGUUACUCAAAAAUAACGUCGGACCGCGGGCGCUCGAUCCGCACUGGUUGGAAAUGCAUAGGAGAUACGGAAUGCCGCAUCCGCCACCCCAGGGCGCCAUUCCCGUGCAGUUCGGGCUGUACCCGCCGGGACACGGGCCCGCCGGCAUGACGCAGUUGGAUCGGGAUCGGCUCGAGCGCCUGGGCAUCCCGCCGACGGGCGCGGGCGGGCCGCCGGUGUCCGUGCCGGUGACGGGCGCGCCGCCGCACCACGCGCACCACCCGCACCCCGGCGUGGCGGCCGCGCAGAUGGAGGCGGCGGAGCGGCUCGCGCUGGCCGCCGACCCCAUGGUGCGGCUGCAGAUGGCCGGCAUCAGCCCCGAGUACCACGCGCACACACACGCGCACACGCACGCGCACUCGCACACGCACCUGCACCUCCACCCGGGCCAGCAGGCGGCGCAGGCGCAGCAGGACGCGCUGGGGCUGGGCCCGUACCGGCCUCUGCCGCACCCCGACCUGCUGGGCCGGCCGUACGCCGAGCAGCUGGCGCAGCAGGCGGCGGCGCACGAGCAGCUGCAGCGCCAGCUGCUGCUGGAGCGCGAGCGCGGCUUCCUGCACCCCGCGCACCACGAGGAGUUCGUGCGCCAGCAGCGCGAGCGCGAGCUCAAGGUGCGCGCGCUGGAGGAGGCGGCGCGCGCCUCGCGCCCGUAGGGGCCCGCGCGCCUCCCGCCCGGCGCCGUCGUGGUGAUCGAGUGAAGUGAGGUGACACACACAUACACACAUACACAACCGGACGGUUUACAUAUUUACGUGUGACGAUACCUGUAAUUUAUAUAUUUAAACAUAAGUAUUUAAGUUUUUAUAAUAUUUUUAUAGUCGCAUGGUCGUGUAAUAGGCUUGUUUCCAUGCUCAAAUUUAUUUUGUAACGACUAGUCAUAAUUAAAUUUUAUUUGUAGAGAACAUUGACUUACACGUUAUUACGCAGAGUGCUGUUAGACUAAAUUAUUGUUUUAUAUUUUAAUUAUUUAAUAAUAAUAAUAAUAAUAAAUAAAUAGAGAUCGAGGGUGCCGGUCUGCAUUCUCGGGAAUGGACCUCACUGCUUUAUUUACGAAAUAAAUCGUGCUAUGUACAUGACAUAAUAAAUAAUAGGGUUAUUCAUUGUACUUUAAGAUUCAAAGUUAAGACGAAAGUAGAGACAGUUCUUUCGAGACAUGCCUUUUAAUGGACUUGCCUUUUCCUGCCAUAGUACCUGGACAGAGGCAGAUUUUUUUCAAAUUUAAAAGAGUUUCAAUAUUUAAACUUCACAAUAAUAUCUACAUGAUAAAUUAAAAUAUGAAGUUUCUAACUAUAAAUUGUUUCAAAAAUAGUAACAUAUCAAUGUUAAACGCAAAGUAUUGUUAUUAGCAAAUCACAAUAAUAAUUUUUCAAUAGUCUGAUAGAUUGGAAAGGUGUAAAUAUUGACCUUGCAGAUUACGAACACAGUGGACUAUAAUAAAUUGAUAGUAGUAAUAUAUUCAUUUUUAAUUGCUACGUAGAACUUGAUUAUUGUAAUUAGCUGUGUUAUGACUGACAAUUAUUAUGUACCUUGUAACUUUAUAAUGGUGUUGUAGAUGUCGUGUCAAAGGAGCGCUGUCUUAUUGGAAAUGUGAAUUCAAAUUCAAUUCAUGUGUUGCGAGCCAUAAACAUUUAUAGUAAAACUGAGCAUUUUAAAAAUUGCAAGUUUUAACUUUAUUGCGCGGAGCCUGUAUUCGAUUUCUGAAAUGAGCUAUAUGCCAGUGAAAGUCACGCCCAAAUGGAUUUAGUCCUUUUUUUAGUAUUUAUUCAUUAAAAUAAUUUUACAAAAGACAACAAUUUUAGAUUUGGUUUUCUAUAGAGAUUUGUAUGCAUUUCGUAAAAAAAUAGUUUUCUUUUUCAAUGCAAUCAUUACUUAAAUCAAGUCUCAUAUUAAUUUCAAAAAAUAAAAAAUAACUAUUUAUUUAUUACAGUAUUAUUUCGUUCCCGUGUUUAUAAUAAUAUUGUUGUACACCUGUUUGUCCCGGGCUCUGCAUGGGUUAUUCUCUCUGCCACACGAUGGACCCGACACCCACCCGGUAAAUCCAUGGAAUGUUAAGUCACUAGUCUUAGAGAGUGCUCUUUUUAUUUGACGUCAGCAAUAGUCAAAUUACUAAACUACAUUUGUAAGUUAAAUUAGACUUAAUUAAUUAAUACUUGUCUUUAUCACGAAAGCGCCAUUUAUGAGGUUUAAAACUACCUAAUUACUUAAACAGUUUAUUGUAUAAAUAAGAACUUAUAAAAAUACUGAUGGUGGUAGAUUCAGUGGCGGAUUUACAAAUAUUCCGCCAGUAGGCUAUUAAAUUUUAGCCGCAAAUUAAUGUCCUCUGAAAUUCGAUACCAAUCAUAAUAUUUAUUACAUAUUUUCAAAAACUUUGCUUAUUUAAUAUUUUACGUACGUACGUAUAGUAGGACUAAAAUAUUAAAAUUAUCAAAAGUAGAAUUUUCACUUUAUUUCAGAAAUACAAUACUAAUUUGGGUAAAAUUUGCCGCCCUCUGAAAUAUGCCGCCCUAGGCUGUAGCCUACUUAGGCUACUGGUAAAUCCGCCACUGGGUAGAUUUGUGGUAUGAUUAUCACUUAGUAACAGGUGAUUAUUUCUGUUUCUUGUUUUUUAAAUAUUCUCACUAUGUCGAAAAAACCGAGGGAACUUAUUUCUUCUAUCAUACUAAGGUUGCAAAGAUGGCGCCUUCAUAUAAGGUGUUUUUUUUUAUGUUUCUGCUCAGGCUAGUAACUGUUUAUUACAUGGAACUCAAUUUAAUUUACAAUAUUAUGCAAGCAAUUCUAGAUUAGCAAAGAGUUUUUAUGUCAGAAAAGUACUCAACACUUUAUGAAUAAAAUGAAAUUUGUGAGAUAUAAUAUAAUACAAAGGCAUUUAAUUCUUUAAUUUUAAUAAUUUUGACAAUUUAAUAUUUUAAAAUUUAAUAAUAAUGCUGGCUGUUUUUGGUGCAUUUGUCUAAAAAAAAAACAAGCACUGGUGUGCGUACUUCGUUAUCUGUGCAAAAAUGACAGCGUAUCAAAAUGUCAUCAUAUGGAAAACAGGCAAAGAUGCAAAUUCGUUUUCAGAAAGUGUGUUCAAUGUGUGUUUCCUCGCAAAUGUGUUAUAAAACGUCGUAUGACAUAUGUGCGCUUUGAUAAUUGAAGCCUCUGCUUCCUUACUAUGGCUCUCGCCUUUGGCUUGAGCUGCAAUAUCGCCUCGGCUGUAGUGUUCAACUUACCGCAUUUAUAUCAUAAUGUAAUAUAAUAAUACUGUGUAGUAAUAAAGCUUGACAUACUUUUGUUAGCAGUCAUAACACAGCGUUGGUUACUUUACUGGCUACGCACAUUAUUUUUACUGCACAGUUAUUACCAAGUAGUAAAUUAAUGUUUAAGUACAAAGUAUAUAAUGCAUACUACAUUGAUUAUAAAUACUAACCGUUCAAUCCAAGACGACCAUCAAAAAACGAUAAACACAAGCACAAGCACAAGUGUUUUUAAGUAUACAUUAAAAAAAAAUUAAAACUUUUAAUUGUGUAAGUUAAAAACUGUUUGUGAUAUAUGCAAGGAUGUAGUACCUCCUCCUCCCUCAGACCAUUCCCUUCUAUUUAUCGCACUCAAAUGCACCAACGUAAUUAUCUGUCGUUUUUUAAUGGAGAUGAGGUAAACUCACACAUCGAAAAUAUUUAACACCAAUAAAUAUAGCCUGUGCCCUUACACUACACACAAUAUUAAAUAUUAAAUUCUAAUACACACACGUGUAAUUAUAACACAAUGAAACAUUGAUUCUAUAGACGCAGUUGGUAACGGUCAACGGCUAGUAAAUGGUACAGUCAAACAUAAAAGGCAUCCAUAUUUUGUUAAUUUUAUCAUAUAUGCAUUCUGUGGACCAAACUACACAUGGAAAUUGAGAAACUAGGUGCUGCAUCCUUUGCCAUCCAUAUAUAAAUAAAAUAUUGUUGGUCCAUUCGAUUUUAUUGCAAUUGAGCGUUUUCAUUCUUAUUAAGUGAAUCUAAACGCAAUAAAAUCUUUUUAACAUAAAAAAUUAAUCGAUUUAAAAGACGUAUUUCACUUAUUUAGAUUUCAACACAAAUUUACUGAGCCAAUUUUCAUGAAAAUUAAAUGGGACCGAUCUGGAAUUAUACUCUUACAAGCAAAAAAAAGAAUAAAUGACAAAGUUAUGAGGUAACAAACAUAAAUGAUAAAAACAUACGCGUCGAAUUAAAAACCUCCACUUUUUUUGAAGUCGGUUAUUAUAAACCACACCAAUGCGUCCACGGUUUUUUCAAGUUUGUGAUGUGGUAUCCGUUCUAUCAAUCAGGACGCAAACUUGAACGAAAUUUGAAGUGAACAUAAGGUUUCUCGUUAGUUGACCCUCUUAUAAAAACUAGACCUAUUUUUAACAAGAAGGCACUCGAAAAUAUUUUAAUGCACAAUUUUAUCGUUUCGUUCCAAAACCGUUCACCUAAACUAGUAGUUGAUCUACUAUCUUAUGCUGCUUAUUAAGCAUAAGUAAUAUGUAUGUCAUUCUAUACUAUGUAUUUUAGGAAAGAAGAUUUAUGUUUUAUUUUUAUCAAUAUAGUUUUAGAAGUUCUAUUAUGGCUUAUAAAAUACAUCAUAAUAAUUUCUACUUAAUAUUCUGCUUUAAUAUUGUGAAACUGACCGUUGCUAAACUAAUCAUCUCCACAAGACGUCUUCUCCAUACAAACGCGAGUGGACCACUGUCGCUGUGCUUGUAUGGAACAAAACUUUUAGCAAUCCUAUCAGAUAAUUCACAUAGUAUACCAGCUGAUCUGUAUAAAACAAUUAGGUUUAAAACCAAAAUUUUUUUUAUGCAAUUUGUAAAAUUAACCAACCGAGCGCGAAAAUUUUGUAAAUUAAAAAUAUACAUAAAGGUAGUGACUUUUUCACCCAAAUGUACCUACACACAUGAAUAACUUCUAUUGCACUAUAUUUGUAACAUAAAAUCUUUUGUAAUAAAAUAAAAUAGAUCAUGUUAGUGAAAACUAAAAAUUUAAUUGUAGAAUAACUAAUCUAGUGUACCUACUAAAAAGUUUCACAUUGUCGCUUUGUAGACUGGCGUUGUAUUUAUAUAUGACGCCAUAGUUACAUACUUUUCGAUAAACGAAAGAGAAAAUGAGUAUUAUUUUUAGAGAGAAAAAUUAUAUCUUUUUAUUAAUUAAGAGGUUGCGUGUCGGAUUAAAAUCUUCAUUUAUUUAGACAAUAAGGUUAAAUGGAUGUCUUAGUGCUUUUGUGUACAUUUUUUUGGAUAAUAUAUGUGAAAAAAUUCA